UCUCCAGCCCCACCAUAUCCUCUUCUAACACCCCCAUAUACAACAACUCUACUCCUCUUUCACAUUUUCUUUUCCCUUCCUCUUCCAAAUUCUCUCCAUUCCCACCCUUGCCUAAAAGGAAAACUCCCACUUCCUCCAUAUGGAUAAAGCAUCUGAGAGAGAGACUCGAGACUUCAUGAGCGUCGAGUCCUUCUCUCAGCUGCCCUUCAUCCGCUCUGCGCCCCGCGACAAGGGCGCCGGUGGAAUAAGACUAUUCGGCCAAGAAUUGGGCACCAAGAAAACCCCAAAGGACGAUCCCUCAGACUCCAAUGACGACGAAAACAACCUCAACAGCACUCAAGACUCGGAGGCCAGCAACGGAGGAGGCAGCAGCCGGAAAUUCGAGUGCCACUACUGCUGCCGAAACUUCCCCACCUCCCAAGCCCUCGGCGGCCACCAAAACGCCCACAAGAGGGAGAGGCAGCAAGCCAAGAGAGCUCAUCUGCAGUCAGCAAUGCUGCAUGGUAGCUUGGCUGAUUCUCACGUCUACGGCCUAAUGAACUACAGCCGCCUCGGCUCAGCACCGCCGCUGCCAGUGGCUUACCACUCUUGGGGCGGUGGAGGCGGCGCUGCAUCCAGCAGCGCCUACACCGCCACCAGCAGGAUCUAUGGCAGCUACGCAAACACCGCCGCUCAGCCGCAGCCGCAGCAGCAGCCGAUCAGCUGCAGCCCCUUGGCCUUCUGGCGGGUCCCUGCUGCUGCUCCGGCUGCGUUUGCUGGCCGCAGCCAGCAAACACCGCAGACGCCACUGGAGAUGAGGGCCUUACCAUCGUCGAUCAGUAGCAUUCCAGCCUCUCAGCUGCGGUUUGGAUACGAAUCAAAGGCUCAAAUGCAAGAACAUGUGAGUUUGGAUUUGCAUCUUUAGCUGGAUUUUCUUGGAAAAAAAAAAAGAGGGAAAAUAUAAA